CGCAUCAACCCCACUUCGCUGCAAACUGUUGAACGAAGCGUGCGUGUUCGAUCUCCUACAUAUUAUUCCUGCCUCAACGUAAAUACCCCAUUAUAAGGAUACUGUUCUGGAUUGAUCCGCAAUCGCGGGACUUUUUCCAAAUCGCCGUUCUUUUGACAUUUCACAGUGCAUAACAAUUUCGGGACGCUCAGAUUCAAAGCGCUAGGACACUAAAGGACAUCGGACUCUUUGAAGUGCGCGUUGCGCUCGAUAUCGCGACAAAGAUGUGAUGUGUUUUGUAUGUGUCUUUUUUUCGCGUGACAUUUCCUUCAAAUUGAAUUAGUCCUCACUAUGGACGGGUACUAUUCCUCAAAUCAGCGACCCCCUCCAUUGCCUCGUCGAGUGCGAAACGAGUAUGCUGAACCGUUCGUACAUGAAUCCAGAAUGGCUGGUUUACAACAAACCCAACUAGGUCAGACCUUGCAACAAGGAGGUGGUCAAACCAACACCUUAACGUCUCAAGUUGCCACCCAACAGUCCGCCCCUUUGGUUGUACCAGUGUUUCCCAUUCGGCCUGCCCCACCACCAACAUCGUCCCAUUAUUCACCAUACUCACCGUCCAGGUUCCAUAUCGAUAAACGAUGCCAAUAUCGAUGCUCAUGGAAAUGUUUCAGCAUACUUUUGAUAUUUUUGAGUGUGCUGCUUACUGGAAUGCUAACGUAUUUUGCUGCUGUGAGCUCAAUGAAAGCAAACAUAGAUGCACCUAACUGCAUAUUGGUUCAAGACGUAAAGGAUGGAGCAACGCAGGAUCAGAUCACCAUGGGCUCAGAAUCAACGCAAAUACCCACAGAAGAAUCUCUUCCGACCAGCACUGCCGAGCAUUCAAGUGCAACAACACAACACAGUUCAUUGUUGCAAUCGGCUCAACAACAACUGCAAUGGUCUCCUUUGCCAUUGGAGCAACGGGAGUUGGAUAUACUGCAUUCCGCAACUAUUCCACCAUAUCAGUUUUGGCAUUCUGAGUUUCGAAAUAAGCAACCAGCCUUCUUCAGGUUUAACUUUACGCUGCCUUGGGGUGCCAAUUUUGCCGUAUAUGGAAGACGAAAUGUUGCUCCCAGCAUAACUCAAUACGAUUUUGUAGAGUUUGUGAAAGGUGGCAGAGUGGAUCAUCGGUUGCGAAAGAGAGAUUUAUCUGAAGAAGGAUUCGGUAGUGACGAGGCUUACGACCUGCGACCAUUAUCCGAAUUCAAAUUUUUCCACGAGAGCCGCAAUUCCCACAAGAGCGACGUAUUGGACAGCAUUUCGGAUUCUUACGAGGGUACACGAAAAAUCCUUGCAGACUCAGAACCCAAGGGACCCUUCUACAUUCCUACCAAUAACAAAAUCGACUACCACACGGAUGUGAGUUCUUCCGCCGACCUCCCUCAUCCUACUGUUAAUAUAGAUAUUCUUAAUGAAGAACGGCACAUAAUCAGCAAACGUGAGGCCGAGUUUACAGAAUCGAUGAUGGUCAACGUUAGCUUACUACAAUAUCUGGACACCGGCCGUUGGUUCCUUUCUGUUUACAAUGAUGAGUUGCAACCAUACAGUGUAUCCUUAGUCAUUUCGGAGGCGGAUGGGGUGAGCACCACUUGUCCCAAUGAUUGUUCGGGACGCGGAUCGUGCUACCUUGGAAAAUGUGAUUGCAUCGAUGGGUUUCAAGGCAUCGACUGUUCCAAAAGUGUUUGUCCAGUAUUAUGUUCCGGUCACGGUCAGUAUGGUGGAGGAAUCUGUCAUUGCGAAGAAAGUUGGAAGGGCCCAGAAUGCGACAUUCCCGAAGGAGACUGUCGCAUUGCCGACUGCUCUGGACACGGGAAAUGCGUCCGUGGAUUUUGCCAGUGCAAGCCAGGAUGGAAAGGUGAAGUUUGUGAAGAAGCAGAUUGCAAAGAUCCCAACUGUUCAGAACAUGGAGCUUGCGUGAGUGGUCAGUGCUAUUGCAAAGCAGGUUGGAAAGGCAGUAUUUGCAACGUAAUCGAUGAACAAGUGCAUAAGUGUCUUCCAUCAUGCUCAGAGCACGGUGUUUACGACUUGGAAACUGCUAAGUGUGUGUGCAAUCGUCACUGGACUGGACCUGAUUGUUCCCAACCGUUGUGCAAUUUGGACUGUGGUGAUCACGGUCACUGUGAACUUGGAAAAUGCAAAUGUGACGUCGGAUGGACUGGAUCAAGGUGUGAACAACUUCCCUGCGACAUUAGAUGCCAAGAACACGGCCAAUGCAAGAAUGGCACGUGUGUCUGCUCUCAAGGCUGGAAUGGACGACACUGUACAUUGCCUGGGUGCGAAAACGCCUGCUCGGGACAUGGGCAGUGCACUUUAGAGGAAGGGCUUUACAAAUGUGUUUGUAUCGAUGGAUGGGCUGGAUUUGAUUGUAGCAUCGCUUUAGAAGCGGAAUGUCAGGACGAUAUGGACAAUGAUCACGAUGGAAUGGUAGAUUGUUCAGACAGUGAAUGCUGUUCACACCCUGGCUGCUCAGAUCACAUCAUGUGUAUCUCAAGCAAUGACCCAGUGGAGGUUUUGCUGAGGAAACAACCACCUUCUGUUACCGCCUCUUUCUACCAAAGAGUAAAGUUUUUAAUAGAAGAAAACUCUGUUCAAUCCUACGCUCAUAUGGACGAAUAUACUGAAAGCGAGUUCUGGAACUCCUUUACACCGCGUCGAGUAGCAGUGAUGAGAGGACAAGUGGUGUCUCCUCAGGGCCUGGGCAUUGUUGGAAUUCGAGUAUCCGUAGACCGAGAAUCCAAGUUUGGAUUCACUUUGACGAGGAAUGGAGGAUGGUUCGACGUUCUAGUGAAUGGAGGAGGUGCCGUCACACUUCAGUUCCAGAGGUCACCGUUUAAACCAAAAACAAUUACCGUAUACGUACCCUGGAAUCAGAUAAUUGUUUUGCCGCCUAUACAUAUGCAACUCACUGAAGAUGGAACAAGCCAACACCUAAUUGAUCGCAAUCCAGCGUUAUACUUCCCUGGAGUAUCUAGGUCAUUCUUCGAUUCGGAUGGGUCAUUGCCCAACGUCUGCGAGGAGCACGAUCCUGAGAAGCUGCGACCAAUCAUAACUGGCACGUGGAUGCCGGAAGCUGUAGGGGGAAUGCAGGGCAGGAGCGUCAUUUUCGCCGAAACUCAGAUUGUUCAGGAAUCUAUCCCCAUUCCAGGAUCAAACUUGAACAUUUUAUAUCAAAGUUCACAAACACUCGGCUACUUAACCACCAUUCAAAUGAAAUUAACGGAUGAUAAGAUACCCAGUACACUUACGCACGUGCACGUACGUGUUGAAAUAGAGGGAUGCUUAUACGUGAAAACUUAUGAAGCUGAUCCUAAUCUGUUCCACACGUUUGCGUGGAACAAGCGAAAUAUCUACAAGCAGAAAGUCUAUGGAAUUGCAGCUGCUAAGGUUUCCAUUGGCUACCAGCAUGAAUCUUGUCACGAUCUAGUUUGGACCACUCAAACCGCAGAGAUCAAAGGAUUCGAUGUCGAUAUCUCCGAUAUUGGAGGAUGGGGACUUGACAUUCAUCAUCACUACAAUUUCCAUGAGGGUAUUCUCCAAAAAGGAGAUGGAUCAACUUUGCAUUUCAAGAAAUACCCACGAAUGGUAAAAGUAGUUAUGGGCACUGGGCUUCAGCGUAGCGUUGAUUGCCCUGGACAGUGUGGAGGUCCAGCGAAAGAUGCCCGACUUUUGACCCCUGGAUCGUUAGCCAGCGGUCCCGAUGGGAGCAUAUAUGUUGGAGAUUUUAACCUUGUCCGGAGGAUUACUCCUGAGGGAAAAGUGUACACAGUGUUACAGUUACGGUCAACACAAGUGGCGUACAAGUACUACCUGGCAAUAUCACCUGCAGAUGGUCAUUUGUACGUUUCUGACCCUGAGAGACAUCAAAUCUUGAAAGUUCUCUCACUUGAACCCGUACAAGAUCCCACAAUAAAUAGCGAACCGGUUGUUGGAAACGGGGAACGAUGCAUUCCAGGUGACGAUACUGCUUGCGGUGACGAAGGACCGGCAAAAUACGCUCGCCUAGCUCAUCCAAAAGGCAUUGCAAUUGCAGUUGAUGGCACUUUAUAUAUCGCUGAUGGAACCAACGUCAGAGCAGUUGACCAAAAAGGAAUCAUCCACACUCUUAUUGGAAACCAUGGGCACCACAAUCACUGGGUACCUAUACCAUGUAAUGGAGCAAUAUCGGCUAGCCAGGCGCAGCUCCAAUGGCCCACAGGACUGACUCUAAGUCCCUUGGAUGGAGCUAUCCACUUCAUAGAUGAUCGUCUAAUUCUAAAACUCACGCCAGAAAUGAAAGUAUCUGUGGUGGCUGGAACUCCACUUCAUUGCCAUAAAGCUCAAAAUCGUACUCUUGAAGUUGAAAAAGAAUUAGGAUCAGUGCUCGCUCUAGCAUUUAACCCCAACGGUGACCUGUACAUAGCGGAAUCAGACACACGGAAUACAUAUUACGUUCGCCUUAUAGACACAGCAGGAAAAAUUACCCAUUUUGCCGGCAAGUUGCAACCGAAAGACAGGAAAUGUCAAUGUUCCGUAAAUACUACAACUGCAAACCCCAUUAGAAACAGCAGGGAUUUACAAGAUUGCCCGUGCGCCCUUAUAGCGGAUGAUACAACAAAUAAUGCUGAAACUUUAUUGUCGUCUAAUGCUUUGUUCCAAAGCAUUUCUGCUAUCAGCGUUUCGCCUGGAGGAGUUUUGUAUAUCGCAGAUCAAGGAUCUUUACACAUUUUGGCGCUCGAACAUUAUCUUCCGACCCAUGAUGAAAAUGGCGAGUUUCGAAUACCAUAUCCUUCUUCAGGGGAAGUUUACGUUUUCAAUCGGUAUGGACAGCACGUCGCCACCAAGGAUUUAGCCAGCGACAAAACCAGAUAUUCCUUCUUGUACUCGAAAAACACCAGUUUUGGUAAACUUUCUACUGUAACGGAUAGUUCCGGAAACAAAAUUCAAUUUUUGAGGGAUUACUCUAACGCCGUAAGCUCGAUAGAAAAUACCCAAGACCACAAGUCGGAGUUGAAGAUGUCUGGAAUGGGUUAUUUGUCGAAACUAAGCGAGAAAGGACGUUCCGAGAUCGAAUUGGAUUACGACCAAAACACAGGGCUUCUGUUAAGUCGCAGUGGGGGUGGAAACACAAUUAUCUACCAAUAUGACGGUUUGGGUAGAGCAACAGGUGUGAUUUUACCCAGUGGGGAAACACUGCAAUUAAACUCGAAAAUGUCGAGCAACGAGGGUCUAGAAGUGUCCGUCAGUCAGCCUCCAACAAUAUUGAAUAUUAAUGGCAAGUCGAACAAGCAAGUCAUUCUAAUUGAUGGAGCCGAAAUUACCAAAGCCAUAACUCUAACAAACUCAACUGUGGCACUGAAAACUGCGGCUGAAAGUAAACUUGAAAUUUGCGCUAUCGAGCGGCAUCCUUUGCUCGAAGCAUAUCUCCCUAUCGAAGCUGAACUUUUGCCCGUAUGGUCAAAACAAACCACAACUUUUGGAGAGUAUCUAAUUAAUACAAUGUCAACAACGUUAAGUUUAGUUGGAGAUGUGCGUAAUCCGCAGCAAACACUAUACAGGGAAAUUCAUGUAAAUCACUCCAAAGUAUUGGGUAUUGAAUUUGAUCAAUUUACCAGUAAGGAGACCUUUUUCGAUUAUGAAAAAAUGCCUUUGUUGACUGUAACUUACGAUCCUGCUGGUCUUCCUCUUACGUAUACUCCAUAUAAUGGUGCGGAUGUGCUGAAUAUAACGUAUGAUAGUUUCAACAGAAUGGACGGUUGGAAAUGGGGAGACUCUCAACUGAAAUUCAGCUACGACCGACAUGGACUAUUGUCUGAGUUAACCAGUCCGCAAGAUGGAAUUCAAAUAUUUACAUACGACGAAACUAAUAUGCUUACCAAAAUCACCCUCGCCAGUCAGAGAAACUUUUUGUUGACUUACGACGACAAUGGGGGUUUAAGGCACGUGACUUUACCCAGCGGAACAAAGCAUUCGUUUGCUCUCCAACCUUCACUUGGGAUUAUCAGAGUAGUUUAUACUCCACCUGGUAGCACUAGAUCCUAUCUCCAACACUUUUCUAAUUCUGGAAAACUUUUGCAAACAGUGUUUCCAGAGGGAGUACGAAUUGUGUAUCGUUACUACGACAGCGGGAAACUCAAGGAGGUUGUUCAUGGAGAUGGCAAAAUGCUGUACACAUACUCAGAUACAACGGGCUUACCAAACCAAGUAAGCCACGUGGAAAAGGACUUGGAAUACCAAUGGGAUUAUCAAUUUGCAAGUGGCCUUCUAAUGGAAGAACGAAUCAAUUUUGGUGCCAAAACAGGGUUAAGCAAUGCUAAAUUUACCUACGAGUAUGACAAUAACUACAGAUUAGUGAAUUUGCAAGGCAGAAUCGGAGGUCAGAACUUACCGUUGUACAAUUUGGCAUAUAACUUUAAAACCGGAUCUGCUGAACAAAUUGGACCAUUUAAGAUAAUCAAAUUAAAGGCAAACGAAACUCAAGUGUAUGAUGGUACAGCACUGUUUUCAAGUGUGCAGAAUUCAAGAUUUUUAGAAUCUCGAGUUGCCUUAACCAUUCAUGGAAUGGAGGUGUUUAGGAUGGAAUUCAGUCAUGAUCUCCAUGGCCGCAUAUCCCAAACACGCACGUAUACCAAAAACGUUGGAGUGAACACCUAUACUAACAUAAAAAAUUACACUUGGGAUUGCGAUGGUCAAUUGCUGGGUGUAGAAGCCCAAGAACCAUGGGGCUUUAGAUACGAUGACAAUGGAAAUAUGUUGUCCUUAACUUACAGAGGAAAUACUAUUCCAAUGGAGUACAAUAGCAUGGAUAGAAUCAUCAAAUUUGGUGAAGGUCAAUACAAAUAUGAUAGCAGAGGAUUGGUGGUGCAAAAUGCCCGAGAAGAGAAGUUCCAUUACAACUCAAAAGGAUUAUUAACCAGAGCUACUAAAAGGGGACGCUUUGAUGUUCGAUACUUUUAUGACCACUUGGACCGAUUACUGGUCAGAAAGGACAACUUUGGAAACGUUACUCAAUUCUUCUAUAACAAUGACCAAGCACCACGAGAAGUUAGUCAGAUUUACUCACCUCGAGAUGGGAAACUCAUGUCCUUAGUAUAUGAUAAUCGAGGACACUUGAUUUAUGCUCAGGUGUAUCGACACAAAUACUAUAUCGCGACAGACCAAUGCGGAACUCCCGUUAUGAUUUUCAACCAAUAUGGCGAGGCUAUUAGGGAAAUCAUGAGAUCGCCUUACGGCCACAUCGUGUAUGAUUCAAAUCCUUAUCUGUAUUUGCCAAUUGACUUUUGUGGUGGAAUAUUGGAUCAGGUCACCUCCUUAGUGCAUAUGCCCAAUGGGAAAGUUUACGAUCCUCUCAUAGGCCAAUGGAUGUCUCCUCUAUGGGAAAAUGUACUAGAGAGGGUGGCAACGCCCACACAGAUGCACCUCUAUCGAUUUAAUGGAAAUGAUCCCAUAAAUAUGGGUGUUGACAGGGAAAUUCCGAAAGAUCACAUUGAUUGGUUGAACAAAAUCGGAGUCAACCUGAAAAACCUCGCGCCACAGCUAUUCAUGAACAAUCUGCCUGGAGGUCCAAUGCCGCCUUCCUUGAGUGAGAAAUUUUCGUGGAAACCAGGCGAAGUAAUAGCAAGUCAGCUAACUACGUCCGAACGAGCCACAGAAGCAGAAUCGGGAUUCUUAGCGCAUAUCAACAUCAGGAGAAUGGGAAAUGCUAAGCAACUGAGUGUGUAUUCGAAAUCAGCGCUCAAGACCGACGUAAUCGACUUGGUCCCAAAGAAAAUUGGUGCGUCAUCCGAUCCACCCUUUGGUCGCGGAAUCCUAGUUUCAAAAUCUGAUGCUGGAGAAGCCAUAGUAUCAAGUGUACCAGCAGCGAAUCCGAUUUACAGCGACGUCUACACUUCUGUGUUUAAUAGGUCAUACUUACUACCGUUUUUCUUCGUGGUUCACAAUAACCAGCAAGACGCAUUCUAUUUUAUCAAAAAGGACAGUUGGAAAAUAAACGACGAUAAAACGCAACUGAAAAGAUUGCAAGGGCAAGUCAAUACCACAUUCCAUGAAAAUGUACGUGAGAAUGGCAGCGGUAACAAUUAUUUCGAUGUGAAGAUACAUGAAACGAAUGUUGUUAUCAAUUUAAGGUAUGGUACAACAAUGGAAAAGGAAAAACAACGACUUUUACAUCACGCCAAAUUAACCGCAAUACGAAAAGCCUGGCACAAAGAAAAAGAAGCGUCCAAAAAUGGGUUCAAUGGCAGUUUCGACUGGUCGCAGUCUGAAAUCGAAGAACUGAUCAAAAAUGGCUACAUUGCCAGCUACGAGGGACAGUACGUUCACGACGUUCAGGAAUAUCCUGAACUCGCCGAAGAUCCGUAUAACAUUCGAUUUGUAAAAAAACAAACCGAAGCAACGAAAAAGGGGCGACGAAAACGUGAUACUCGCCCAAAUCGAUGUCCGAAUGUUUGGUGGUUAACUUGGAGUGAAUGCUAGUGCCAUAGACAUGAAAAACAUUUUUGAGGUAGGAAUAAGAAUAUUCAAUUACUAAGUGUGAUGUACCAAAAAAGAAAAAAGCUUAAAUUUAGGAGAGGUAAUUGGGAAAGGAUUUAUGAAAAAAAAUUAAUUGAAUCUCGGUCGUGUCAUAUAUUUUGGUCACUUUUUCAGCUUCAAUUGUUUGUAACAUAAUUUGAUUAAAUUACUAAAUUAUACACUUGUAUAUAAACUGCAAAAUAUUACAUCCAAAACAUAACAAUCCUAUCCCAACAACCAACUUUUCUAACUUUCGCAUAAGUAUUUUAUACCAAAAAAUACCAGUCUAUUUGUGUAAUUUCAAAGAUGCCAAAAAAAUGUAUAUUAUUUAUUUACAAUUUGUUACCUAUGUAUGUGAUUUUGUUUGGCACACUCUGUCCGAUCUCAUAAUAUGAAUUUUUAUAUAAUAACUUGACUGAUAUAAUGUUUAUCGCACAAAGUGUCUCAAACUUCUGUAUUAUAGAUUAUAUUAGGGACAGCUAGGCGGCUGCCACAUAAAGCGAUGAAGUAAAAUAUUUCUAAAAUUUUUAUCUUCAUUUACACAUGGAGUAUCUUUGAACAUGUUCAAACAUUUCCUUUCUAGGAAAUUCGCACUUUCCUACUUGAAUUUAUGUAACUAAUAGAUUGUUGUACGAUGUACGAGUCAUCGAUUUGCUAACUUUGACAAUACCGAGAAAAUCCAUAACGACUUUAAAAAUAUUUUACUCCAUUUUAUAAAUAGUGCAGUGUUUAUUGCUACGAGCGAGAGGCGAAUCUCUUAGUAAAUGGUAUCAAAAGUAAAACUAAAAAUUGUAAAUAUAGUCCAGUUAUUAACUUUUUAAUAAUUUUAAAAUUAAAAAAACGAAUUUAUCUUAGAUAGGGAGAGAAUAAAAAUUAUUAAUCAUAUAUAAAUAUAUGUUGUAUUGCUUUAAUUUAUAAAUAAAUGAUAUCAUUGUGACUGAUCAGUUUCCAAUAAUAUUAGAAAUGGAUAGUAAAUUCUGUAUUUGGGCUGGCAAAGCAAAGUCGAUUAUUCGUAUUAGAUCGUUCAGUUUUUUUACUUGCUUUAUUAUUUAGGUGGAAAUGCAUCCAAAAAGAAUAAAACCGGAAGCAAUAUUUCCACUUAAAAGUAGCUUCCGGACUUGACUGGUCUUUAAACGCAGUACAGUCAAUAAACCCCACAUUAUUUCAGAGGAGCCUUUAUUUAUGUACAAGCCAGUAGAAAAAUGUGCUCAUGGAAAAUGUUAAUCGUUGCGUCGACCUGCAUUUAUUUUAUUUAAAAUUAAUAUUAAUAUAACAGUAAUUGCGCUGCUGGUCCAAAAAAUAUAGCAAAGUCUUUUAUCUGCUAUGUACCUUGCAAUUUUUGUAACCUCACAUUUUAUUUUGUUAGAUACUUUUAAGAAAUUUAUAAGAAUAUAUAUUUUUCACUCUAAACCCUUGCCUGCCACAUAGUAUAUUGGAAAUAAGUGUGCUCCUUGUUAUAUUACUGGACAUUUAACCCAGGAUACGUGUAAUUAUUUACCUAAGUGUUAUAUGUUGUCACCAAAACGCUUUUUGGGGAUAGUUGGGAGUAAAUGUUAUUCGAAAGCAGUGGAAAAUGUUAAGGAUUAGAUAUAAAAAAUGUAAUUCAAUAUUUUCAAUAUUCCAUAUCACUUUUUUAACGCAAUUUCCAUCAAUGCCCGUAUCAAAGUACCUAAAUGAAAAUACGUUUAAAUUUAGAAAGCUGCCUCAGAGAAUGACAACGGUAGGAAUAAAUAUACAAAACCAUUGUUUGUAGGACCAAUACAUCCACAGAAAAUAUUUUAAAUUUAAUUGAAUAUUUUCCCUUUGGCACUUAAUUAAAAAAUAUGUAUUUUACCAAAUUUCUAAGUCUUUAGAUGUAAAUGUUGAUAGUCAAAAGAAAUAAAUAUCUCUUUUAUGAUAAAUUAACUAGAAAUGAAAGAAAUAUUAACUAUCUCAAACAGUUUGUCUGAUUAUAAUGGUCAAAAUUGUCUGCUUUCAGAAUGAAAACUACCUAAUGGGAAAUCAAAUUGUAUCCAGUUUUCGGAAAUAUUAUUUAAAAAAAAUGGUACUUAUCCCAGUUUAUAAGCCCAAAAAAACAUUAAUAAUACGGAAAAACAGAUGACAUUGUUGAAAAUACAUUGGACCUCUUUCGCCUGAACCUGUAUAUUCCGAGUGUAAUAAAUUCCUAAUUUUAAACUGUAUUAUUGUUGAAAAAAACUUCAAGCAAAGAUAACUUAAUCUUAACACAUUUUGCGAGGUUUGUAUUCACGUUUUUCUCAAUUUUUUUAUCAAACUAGUACGAUUAAUUGUUUAGGAAAUGCAGCCGACUGCUCUUCUUAGUGCAAAACCCAGUACAUUUAUAUCUAACCCGACACAAUUUCCUAACACUAUAUAUUAGUCUACGAUAUCAACUGUCCGAAUAAUGGUAACUGUUUAUAUUAUUGACUGGUGUUGCUGUUCCUCUAACGUUUUUUAUUUUAAUGCCUUACAUCUAAUAAUUUUCCUUUAAUUUAUAAACAAUAAUCAAAUGUAUCGAUAUUCCUUUAUUCCUGGCCAUUAUAAAUGUUUUCUAAUAAACAUUGUUUUUAUA